AUGAAUCUUUCUUUGGAAGAAUCGAAACCCGCAGUUAGCAUCGAUGGAAACCAAGCAAUCUGUAAUAAUAAUGAUGAUGAUGAUGAUGAUGAUGAUGAUGAUGAUGAUGAUGAUGAUGAUGAUGACGAUGAUAAUAAUAAUAAUGAUAAUUAUAAUUAUGAUAAUCCCUUGUUUUACCCUCGGCAGUAUUUGUAGCACUUGUGCCAGUGGGGCCAAGCAAAUGCCUGAAACAAAUAUUUCAAAUGAAACUUAACAGGGUUAAAAAAGGCCAACUGGCCGGAGGCAAACCAGUUGGUUAUUUACAAGCGUGGCCGAGGUUUUAAACUUGGGACUAUCGAGAACAAAUCCAGCAAGCAGUCAGGGCGGGACUUGAACUCGGGACUGCAAUUCCAGCUCUCUAACUGCUCGGCCACCCUACCUCCACUAUUCUUAUCAUUUUAGUUCGCUAAUUCUUUAUACCAAAUGAAUCUUUCUUGGGAGGAAUCGAAACCCGCAAUUAGCAUCGAUUGAUACCAAAAAGAAUUAUCAUCAUAUUCCUAUUAUUCCAUUUUAGUUGCUAAUACUUUAUACCAAGAGAUACUAGCAAGCAACUUGAACAUUAAUUGAACAUGAAUUGUUUUUAAUAAAGACACCCAUGUUUUACUCCUCGGCCAAAGUCAUAUCUCAAUGUCAACUGGAAAGAAAUAAUUAAAAUGAAACAUUGGGCAUGGCCAGAAUUUAAUUUCACGCACGCGCGGUAGCAGUGGACAGUUAGAAAAAAUACCAACAGAAAACAAUGAACAUUUUACAAAGAAAUGUGGGAUAAGUAAAAUAAUUUGCGAUACAGCAAGUCGUGCGAUAUACCUGAACACUAGGUUGCGAUUGAGACUGAAAGGUUGACUUAUUUAGACCUUAGUUUUGACAAACUUAAACUCCUACCGUCAAAUCUCGAGCUUCCCAGAAUGGACAUAAAAAUACGAAAAAAUUACCUGCAUCUUCCAUAUGUUUCUAUUGCAAAUGGAGCACUGCCACCUCGAUUAACCUCUUUUCUUCAGUAAUUAAUGACAAUUUUGCUGGGGAACUCUCUUAGGUUGCGAUGAAAUCUUCAAGUACAAAGUCUUGUCUUUCUAUCGUGAGUUUUUUUGUCCUCUAAAAAAGCAUAUUCUUCCUUGCCAUGUUUAAAGAAUUUGGAGUUAACUCUAUUUAUAAAUACGCUUCUACUACACGGCUUAAAUCCAAGACCUUCCCUCUACAAUAUCUCGGCCAAAAAUCAUCUAAAUUGUCUCCAAAACCUCUUGUUCGAAAGCUUAUUACUUCGAGGUUUCGUCGCCACCUUUGGUUGUUGCAAUAUUUUUGAUCAGCGGCCUUUAUUUGACCAAAACGAGAUAUGUAUUGACCACUCGAACUUUCCGAACAUUAUGAGUCCGGGAAUCGCAGUAAAAACCAGCGGUUAAAACCAGUGCGAAACAGUCUGAAUGUAAGUCGCCCGAGAUUUGACGGGCGAGAUUUCUGAACAUGUUAAGAAUCCUUCCUUGCAGAAGGCAAAGCAUUUGUGUAGAGUGUAGGGUGAAUGAAUGCGGGUUCAACGAUGAGGGCUGGGGAGGCCGACUUCAACUCGAGAGUUCCGGAUUACAAGACUAGCACGCCUCUUCCCCUGUUUCGACAUUCUUUCAUGGUUUUUCUUCUUAUAUAUUGAUUUCUGUUUUAGGAAACUAAAGGAAAUCCUGGUGAAUUACCAACAUGUUUCUCCAAAGGAGCCUACGAGGGAUUCUGGUGGGCCUUUAUAACCCUGACUACGGUGGGGUAAGUAGAGGGCAUGUGUAAUAUUUCCCUCUGUAAAUGGGUAACAAUCUUUGAGGCGGUUUCCGUGUCAUAUUGCGUCGCCUGGCGCCAAUGAAUCUUGGUAGAGCCACCCAUGUUGGGCAGAUCGAGGGGUAGGGUCUCAAAAGAAGAUACUAAUUAGAAUAACUACAGAUGAACAUUACGAUGGUUUCAAUUUACUCCAAAGUACGGAUUUGAGCUUAAAUUUCCAAGAGAAAUUCAAACAAAAGCCAACUAAUAGUCACCUGUCGUGCCUUUUUUCGCCGUCUCGGGCUGUUUAAAGUGUUAUUUAGUUCUAUCUGUGCUCACACCUUUCUUAUCUUCUGUAGUUAUGGUGAUCGCUGCCCGAAAUCCAACCUCGCUAAGACUUUCGCCAUUGUAUGGCUUCUUACCAGUGUCGUACUUUUGUCACUACUGAUGGGUGAAAUAUCCGCAGCUUUGACUGUUAUGGUGAUUCAAACAGCAGCAGGAGGUCCUAUGGGUGGUGGAAAUAAG